AUGUCUCUCCUGUCCCUAACCAACCCUCCUGGCUGGAGCGUGUGCUCUGCUCUCUGUAUCCUGAUAGUGUUGCUCCCAGAGGCCAAAGCAGACGACCUGAACACAACCACGCAGCGCAAUGGUGGGGGAUCCCAGUGUGGGGAGUACACUAACCAGGUGAUGGAGGAUGGGAUGUGUCGGCUGGUGGCCACACUGCCUCAGCUGGAUGAGCAGAAAUGCCCAGAUAUGUUUCGCUGCACGGACGAGGUCUCCUACUGGCUGCACGAGAACGAGGAGAGAAAGCAGCAAAUAGUGGCGCUUAAGGAGACCAUCUCUGAGAUGCAGGAGGAGCUGAGGAACCACCGGCACCGCAUCAGAGUCCUCGAGCUGCAGACUGAAGAAAGGACCCACCUGAACAUCUCCUUGGAGCAUCGUUUCCAUGAGUUGGAGCAUCAUUAUGCCGAAGCCACCACUCUGCUGCACCUACAGGGCACUCUGAUCCUUGACCUCCAGAACCAGCUCCAUAAUCUGACACUUAUGAUGGAUAACGUAAAACGAAGCCCUGGGUGCUUGAUCAAUGUCGUCCGUCCCAACCCGCUGAUGAGUGCUCAGGAAGCUCUGCACCCAGAGAUGCCGCAUGUGAGAAACUGUCCCAUAGACUGUGCUUCUAUCUAUUACAAUGGAGUGAGGAGAUCAGGUCUCUACACGGUAGUGCCAUCAGUGGCUGGCAUGCCUGUGGAGGUCUAUUGUGACAUGGACACAGAUGGUGGCGGCUGGACUGUGAUCCAGCGGCGUGUCGACGGCUCAUUGAGCUUUGAUCGCAGCUGGAGGGACUACAGGGACGGUUUUGGUGACCUGCACUCAGAGUUCUGGCUGGGCAAUAACCACAUACAUGACCUGAGCACCCAGGGAGACUACAGCCUCCGCAUCGACCUGGAGGACUGGAGCAACAAGCAUAAACAUGCAAUCUACCAGAGCUUUAGUGUUGAAGAUGAGGACCAUCAGUACCGUCUCCAUGUGUCCGGCUUCAGUGGGACAGUCCAGGACUCUUUCGGCUGGUACCACGACAAGCAGGGCUUCAGCACGCCAGACAGCGGCAAUAUCUGUGCUGAGAUCUCCCACGGUGGCUGGUGGUACAACCAGUGCUUCUACGCCAACCUUAAUGGCGUCUACUACAGGGGAGGCCAUUACACCCCUAAAGGUCGGGGGCCGCUGGGUCCUGAUGGGAUCGUUUGGUACUCCUGGAGAGACUCUGACUACUACUCCCUACGCAAAGUCAGCAUGAUGAUCCGACCACGCUCUUUCCGAACCCGUCUGUCACCCUGACCCGCUGUUACCAUGACAAUGGUUGGGGCACAGAGACAAUCCUGGCAGCGGGGAUCAUUGGGACACGGCGAUGAUGACGACAUCCAGUGAUGUUUUUGUCGACAAAGAUCGUCAAGAGGGAACUGAAUGUCAACAACAGUGGCCUCUCGUCUGCUAUUUUUAAGACCCAAGCUCGAUAUUCUCAAAACUGUGGACUCAUUUUCUGCUACAUAUUUUUUUAAAACACAAACUUUAUACUCUGGAGUUCUUUUUGGGACAUGGACAUUUUUCAUUUAAUCACAGAGGAAGAGAGUUCUUCCUUAUUUUGUACUUACAUUUUGUACCUUUAGUUUGAUACUUUGACACUUGACACUGUAGCAACUCAGCCAAAUAAAAGGUACAUUUA